UAAGAGAAAAAAAUCGGAUAUCCGAUUUUUUAAACUGAUUUGGCAUAAAUCGGGACGGAAGAGUGACGCGUAUAAAUAUUAUUUUCAAUAUUUAAUGUGAGUUUAGAAAUCAGGGCUUAGAACCGACUCCGAUAAAAUUACACAUAUAGAUCAAAUUAAUACCAGCUAGAUAUAACUAUUAUUUUCAAUAUUUAAUGUGAGUUUAGAAAUCUCAAUUGCAAAAUUAAUCUGAUCAGUAUAAAUAUUAUUUAAUUAGUGCAUAUAAAUUAUAUAUGAAAUUCUCCCACAAUGGAAACGCAAUAACAAGAUCGAUUUUUAGCAUAUUAUAAAAAGUAAAAACACAACCAUUUGUUUUGUACGUUGGUUUGAAACAACUAAAGCUUUUACAAGUAAAGUCGAUGAUAGCCAUUUGGUUAACUGGAUUGAACCAGACCGAAAACAUUAAACCGCUAGUAAUAUAAAACAAUAAAACAAUAAGUAAAAGGGGAAUAAAUCAACAUCUAAACUGUCCACAUAAGCACAAAAAAUCAACAUAUCACAAAGCUUGCCAGCUCGACCUGUCCUAUUUCUUCAUUGCGGAGCGGAUGAUUUGAAACCAAUCGUCUCUUCACCUUUCUUUUCGUCUCAAUGCAUCCUUUAAUUAUAGUAUGUAUGCCUCCAUCUCCAUUUCAAAUCCCUAAAUCUCCACGCAUCACCCUAUCUAUAGUAUUCCCGUCUCUCUGUCAACGGCUCCACAUUCUGGAAAUCAAAACCCACCGCAUCCAUGGCUAACAACCACCAGCUCCUCUAAACCUUUGUUCAUUCAUCUCCCGGAGAAAAGAUCCCGAGUAGCUACGAAAGCUUCUCUCUCUAGAACCAACGAGGCUUCUUUAUCCGCCAUCAUCUCCAUGCUCGAGCGUGAACGGCAAGGAUUAACCGACAGCGGCGGAGAACAGUGGCAUACGGCGGAGGAUUUCUGCCGGCGCGAUAAGAAAACCGAGGAAGAGAGGAGGCUUAGAGACACGUGGCGUAAGAUUCAAGGAGAAGACGAUUGGGCCGGGUUAACGGACCCGAUGGACCCGGUUCUCAGAUCGGAGCUGAUCCGUUACGGCGAAAUGGCUCAGGCCUGUUACGACACCUUCGACUUCGAUCCUUCCUCGAGAUACUGCGGCAACCCAUGUCGAGUGUUGGCCUCUAAAUGUAUAACGUCUCCAUUUAGAUCCGACGUGGGUUGUUGGUUCGAUGAGGCUCUUAGAACUCAAGCAGUGCUAUUGGAGGCAGGCUUUCUGAAUAUCUUUGGUAUUGUAAGCUCCAGAGCGGUGUCUGUAUGGACCGGGUGAAUUAGAGACUGAAGUCUCAGGAAGUAGCUCUCGCUUUGUGGUUGGCUUCUUAUGUACCGAGCUUCUGUUGUUUCUGUGUUCCCCUGUGAGAAGGGCUGUUGUGUUGAUGAACUCUGGAGGUUGGAUAAUGCGCUGAGAUCAAGGUCUGGAAAAACUGAGCAACGGCACCGAGUCCAUUUCACGUUC